UGGGCGGCCAGCGAGUGGGGUGAGCACCUGGGCGACUUCCUGGUUGUGCUCUUCGACCGCGGCGGCGGCCCCCGCGCCGGGAAGCUCGCCGUGUCGGCGCUGCUUUGGGCCCUGCCGCCCCUCGGGCUGACCGUGCGGUCCGCGUUCCCGCUGGCCCCCCAGGCUGCUGCAGGGUGGGCCCGUCUGCGGCCGCCCCAGUCGCGACCGCCGAUCCCUUGGCUGGUGGCCGCAAGCAUCGCCGAGUGGCUCUUCGCCUCCAGCAAGCCGCCGAUGGGCCUCCUCAUCGCCCUGCUGUUCGCCACCUACUGCCGGCCGGGGGGGGGUCUCGUGCUGCUCGGGAGGCAGGUGGUCAUCAAGCCGAUAUUCGGGAUGCCCGGGGUCCUGGGCCAGGUCAGCAUCGCCCUCCACCCCGAGGACCUUGGGGCGUCCUCCAAGACAGGCCUCGUGGACUCUUCCGCGGCCCUGGACCUCCCCGAGCACCAGUGGGUCGGCCGCGCCCUUCUCAAGCUGAAGGGUCGGCGAGCCCCAUUCUGGCGCUUGUUCCCGAUCUCGCAUUGCGAGCUCCCGGGAGAGAUGAAGAGGGCCGCAGUGGCCGCGGGCUGCGAAGUGCUGCGCCCCACGCCUGACGGGCUCCGUCGCGGCGGAGCCAGUCGCGACAAGGCGCUCGGACUGAGGUCCUGGGGCGACGUCCAGCUGCGGGGCAAGUGGCGAUCGCCUCUCAGCGCCCAGCGCUACGAGAAGCACGCCAGGAUCAGCGAGCAGCUCGAGAGGCUCGACCCGCGCGUGCUGCUCGACCUCCAGUCUCGAGAGGGCAGGGACUUCCUGGAGGUGUUCGCGGGGGCGGAGCACUUCAGCCAAGCCCUCCGCAGGCGCGGCGCCGCUGUCAUGAGCAUAGACGCGCGGCGCGGGCCGCGUCGCGACCUUAGGGUGCAGGAGGUCUGCUGGAUCUUCUCUGGUCUCGUGUGGGGGCUCUGGCUGGGGACUCCCUGCAGCAGCUUCUCCCGCGCCAGGCGGGCGCCAGCGGGCUUGCGGACGCCCGCGGCCUUGCGGUCUCCACAGCAGCCCCGCGGCCUCUCGGGGCCCCCGCCGCGGGGCGCGGCCAAGCUUGCCGAGGGCAGCGCGCUGGCCGACCGUGCGGGGCAGCUGGGCCGCCUGGCGCUGGAGCGACGGAUCCCCGGCGGCGCGGAGAACCCUGCUCAAUCCUUUCUCUGGGCGCUGCGCUCGAGGGCGCGCUUCCCUGCCCAGCCAGACGUGUUCGACGCUAUCAUCGACUGCUGCGCCUUCGGUAGAGACUUUCGAGCUCGCGCUCGCCUGCGUCUCCG